UUGUUGUCGGGAAAAAUGGCGGCACUGCUGCUACAGGAGUUGGAAGCUUCGGAGAUAUCCAAGCUACCGAAAACAGUUCAAAACAAACUCGAGAGAAUUCUUUCGGAUCAACAGUAUGAAAUAGACUCAUUGAAAGCGCAACAGGAGCAAUAUCGUGUCGACAGCGAGCAACAGUUCUUUGAAAAAGUUAAACAACUUGCCCAAUGUCAGGAGGAAUUUUUGUCCCAGACUCAAGAACAUCUUAAGCUCAAAGAAGAGUUCACCAAGCUCGGCGAGGAGCUCAAAAGUGUGCGACUGAAGAACAGUGAAUAUGAAUCAGCCCAGGAGAGGUUGUCAUCAGAGCAGACUUUGCUGUCUAAAGCCAAAGAGGAACUGGAGGCAGAGAAGCGAGAACUUGUGCGAACACUGGAGAGGAGAUCUUUGGAAGUGGAACAUUUAAAUGAUGACUUGAGGCAACAUAGUGAUAAGCUGGUGGAAGUGAACACCUCUAAGAUGGCCCUGCAGAUGAAGUUAGAUGAGCUUGAAGCAGCUGAAGUCAACAUCAAAUACAAGGAGAAGCGUAUGGAACAAGAGAAAGAGCUGCUAAAUGGCCAAACGUCAUGGCUGAAUGAGGAGCUUAAGGCCAAGAGUGAAGAACUGCUGUCGCUGUCCAGGCAGAAGGGUAACGAGAUCCUGGAGCUGAAAUGCACCGUGGAGAAUAAAGACGAUGAGUUGAACAAACUCCAAGAUCAAGUGGCCAGUUUGAAGACGUCAAACGAGCACCUUCAGAAACAAAAUGAGGACAUGAUCAGCAAACUGAAAGAAGCCAAGGAGCAGCACACCACCAUGGAGGAGAAAUUCAGAAAUGAGCUGAACGCCAACAUUAAGCUUUCCAAUUUAUACAAGGGAGCAGCAGCAGAUUCUGAAGCAAAAAGUGAAGAACUGAGUCGGGCAGUGGAGGAACUGCAUAAGCUUCUGAAAGAUGCCGGAGAAGCCAACAAGGCUCUUGAGGAGAAGUGUCAGGAAAUGAAUGGCACCACAGACAAGGCUGUUGCUGAGUUUAAGGACAGGAUCCAGAGCCUUGAACGAGAGCUGGACAACGCCAAUGAACUGCUGUCAAGUUCUAAACUUAGAGGCCCUGUUGGUACAACAUCUGUACUGACAGAGGAGCAAAUGACGACAAUGUCACCAACAGCGGCUGCUGUGUCCAAGAUCAAACCUGGUAUGAAGCUGACUGAGUUGUAUACAGCGUAUGUGGAGAGCCAGGAGCAGCUGCAGUUGGAGCGACUGGAGAACAAGCGAGUCAACAAAUAUCUGGAUGACAUUGUGCAGGAAGUGGAAGCAAAGGCACCGAUCCUCAAACGGCAGCGGGAUGAGCAUGAGCGCAUGCAGAAGUCAGUGGCCAGUCUGUCUGCCAAGCUGGAGCAGGCUGUUAAGGAAGUGCAUCGUCUGCAAAAUGAGGCUGAUGAGGCCAACAAGCGCUCCUCAGUCCUGGAGAGAGACAGCCAGAGGUGUGAACUCCAGCUGGCAGACAUGGCUCAGCAGGUGCGUGUGCUGCUGAUUGAGCUGGAAGAGGCUCGUGGAAACCAUGUGGUUCAUGAGGACGAGUUGAGCUCAGCUGACGUCAGCAGCACAUCGGAGGUGAUCAGCCAGCACUUGGUGACCUUCCGCAGUGUAGAGGAACUCCAGAAGCAGAACCAGCGUCUCCUUGUAGCCCUCAGGGAGCUCAGUGAUGCACAAGAGAAAGAGGAGUUUGAAGCCACUGGCAACAAGCGAGGGGAGCUGGAGCAGAGUUUGGAGAAAGCUCAAGCUGAGCUGGAGUCUCUGAAGGAACAACGCAGCCAGCAGAUAAAGCUGGCGGAGUCCAUCGUGAGGCAGAGGGACAUGUACCGCUUGCUGCUGGCUCAGGCAACUGGCGUCAACUUCCCUCAACAAGGUACACCACCUGAGGAGUUCUCCCUGACCUCCACCCCCCGGCGUUCACCUGCUGCCACUCCCACCACAGGGACCCCGACUGCACUUGUUGCCAUGGCUACAGAGUCUGCCGAAGCUUUGGAGGCCAAGGCGGCGCUGCGACAGUUGCAGGAGGUGUUCUCCACCUAUAAGAAGGAACGCAUGGAGAGUGACAAGGCAAUGACCACGCAGAAUGAGAAGCUACAGGAGCAGCUGUCCGACCUCCGCUCCCAAAAUGCCAAGGUAUCCACCCAGCUGGAGUUUGCCUCAAAGAGGUACGAGAUGCUGCAGGACAACGUUGAGGGCUACAGGAAGGAGAUUGCCUCCCUAAGAGAGAAAGGACAGAAGAUGGCUGCUGCCACACAGAAGCUUGAGCAGAGCAUCCACACGCUGAAUGAGGAUCUGAAAGCUGCCAAGGAGAAGCUCACUAUGGCUGAGGGCCGUGCUGAGAACCUGCGUAAGGAACGAGACAUGCUAAAGCUGGUGGAGUCCAGGCUGAAUCAAGAGAAAGAGACAAUCCUGAGUCAACAGCAGAGCCAGAACUUGCUGCUGACCAACCUUCAGGCUAUUCAGGCCACUCUGGAGCGCUCAGAGACGGAUACACGCCAGCGUCUCAACAGCCAGCUGGAGAAGCAGGAGCGAGAAAUCUCCCAGCUCCAGAAGAGACUUGAACAUGAAGUGGAACAGCGGCACCUGCUCAGCAGAAACCAGGAAAUCCAGCUGAUGGAUACAAAGAGGCAGUUUGAGACACAGGUUGCUUUACACAAGAAAACCAAGGAGCUGCUGAACGCUGCUGAGUUGGAGCUCAGCAGCCUCCGUGGGCAACAAGGCAGCUUUGAAGCACGUCACACCCUGAGUUCCCCAUCCACACCUAUCAUCAGAGGCCUGCAGGGUUCAGAUCAAGACCGAGAGGACCUACAAGGCCGCCUGCAGCUGGCCGAAUCCCGGGCAGAGGAGCUGGCGGAGAGCCUCAGAGCAGCAACCUCCAGCAUGGAGCAGUACAGAGCCAUGGCUCAGAGCCUGGAGGAGUCCCUGGACAAAGAGAAACAGGUGACGGAGCAGGCACGCUCAUCCAUUGAGUCCCGUAUGAAGGAGGCUGUGGAACAGCACCACAGGCUGGAAGCAAAGCUCCUAGAAGCAGAGAAAGGGAAGCAGGAAGUGGAGGAGCAGAAGAGGAGAGCUCUCUCCUCUCUGGAGGAACAGAUUAAUAUUCUGAAAAGAAAUCUUAGCAGUGCUCAAGCAGAUCAUCAGACAGCGCUCCAGCAAGUGGCAGUAGCUGAGGCCCAGCAGCAGCAGGCUGUCCAGGACAGCCAAGAGCAGGCUAAACUGGCUGCUGAAGCUCAAAGUAAGUAUGAGCAGGAGAUGAUGCUGCACGCAGCAGACGUGGAGGCCCUGCAGGCCGCCAAGGCUCAGGCCCUGCAGGCCAGCGAGCUCAGACAUCAGCUGGAGGAGAGAGCUCAGAGAAUCAGUGCUGAGUUACUGGAAGCCAGGGUCUCCUGGGAGGAGCAGGAAAAGAUCCUCAAGGAAGAGAUGUCUAAGAUGGAGAGCCGCUAUGAGGAGUUGCAGAAGCAGAACUCGCUCCUGCACGAGCAGAUCCAGACGAUGAGCAGUAAGAUGGCUGACAAUUUGCAGCGUGCCGCCAGUGAGAGUUCCUUGAACAUUUCUCUGACUGAGGAGGGAAAAUCUCAAGACCAACUCCUCGAGAUUCUCAGGUUCGUGCGUCGGGAGAAAGAGAUUGCAGAGUCUCGUUUUGAGGUUGCCCAAGGGGAGAGUUUGCGUCACCGUUUGAGGGUCGAGCAUCUGGAGCGAGAGCUGAAGGAGGUGCAGGACAGCUUGAGUGCCGCGAGGGAGAGGAUGCAGGUAACCGCAAAGACCCUGGCUCAGCACGACGAGCUGAUGAAGAAGACAGAAACUAUGAGCAUCCUGAUGGAGACCAACAAGAUGCUGAGAGAGGAGAAGAACAAGAUGGAGCAAGAACUGCAACAAACUCAAGCAAAGGUACAAAAGCUGGAGGCAGACAUCAUGCCACUGCAGCAGGCUAACUCUGAGCUGAGUGAGAAAAGCGGCGUCCUGCAAGCGGAGAAGAAAUUACUGGAGGAGGAAAUCAAGCGCUGGAAGGCUCGGACUCAGCAUUUGGUGAGUCAGCAGAAAGAUUCGGAUCCAGAAGAGUACAAGCGUCUGCACUCUGAGAAAGAGACGCAUGUGAAGCGCAUCCAGCAGCUCACUGAGGAGAGCAACAGGCUUAAAGCAGACGUGGCCAGGUCAAAUAAUCUCACAACGUCCCUGCAGAACCAGAUACAGAACUUGCGUGACAAUAUGAGCAAGAUAACCGAUGAGAGAAAUACACUGAAGAAAGAAGUGGAGACCAAGAACCAGGAACUCCAGGAGAAGGCGCGAACUAUCACCCAGGUGAAGAAGAUUGGACGUCGCUACAAGACUCAGUAUGAUGAGCUCAAGGUGGAACAUGACAAGCUGGUAGCUGAGGCCACAGCAGGCCCAUCCCAAGACGAGGAGGCUCGCCAAGCCUCAGUUCAGGAGCUGCAGAGCGUCAGAGAUUCUCUGACCCAGGCUGAAGCCAGAACCAAAGAGCUGGAGGGACAGCUGGAGAACAUCAGCAAGGUGGUCACAGAGCGUGAGACUGAGGUACGUAGCGCCCAGGAACAGACGACCAGGGUGCAGGCAGAGCUCAACAGGCUGAGGCAGGAUCUGCAGGACAAGGCUUCUCAGGAGGACACACUGAGGCAGCAGAUGUCCGAGAAGGAGGAGAAGACCAGGAAGGCUCUUGUCUAUGCCAAGCAGAAGCUCAACCAGCUCAUAGGCACCAAAGACCAGCUACAGAAGGAAAAUGAGCAGCUAAAGCAGCAGCGUGAGGAGCUGGAGGUGCGAGUGAGCGCUCUCAAGUCUCAGUACGAGGGCCGCCUGAGCCGACAGGAGAGAGAGCUCAGAGACCUGCGAGGUCAGCAGGAGAGACAAGAGCAGAGAGAUGAGCCACCUGAGGCAGGUCCCAGCAAGACGCAGGAGCAGCAGAGGAGCACAGAACAACGGCAGAUCAGUCUGAAGACUACCCCAGCUGCAGACAGGGGCAGUGCCAGCACCUCUGAGCCUCCAACUGCCAACAUUAAACCGACACCUGUAGUAGCUACAGCCAGCAAACAGCCCGUCAACCCAGGAAACAAACCCACACCGAGAGCAAGCAUCAGGCCAAUGAUCACUCCGGCUACUGUACCCACCCCAACACCCACCGCUACCGUCAUGCCGACCACACAGGUGGAGACCCAGGAAGCCAUGCAGUCAACUGACGGCCCACCGGUGGAGCAUGUCACCGUGUACGGCAGUGCCAGUGGCUCAGUGCGCUCCUCCAGCCCCAACGUCCAGACCACGCUAGCUAGCCCCAUGCUGACUGUGCAGCAGACCCAGACACAGGCCACGGCAUUUGUUCAGCCAACACAGCAGCAGAGUGUGACCCACACCGAGCCAGCCAAUCAGGAGCCACCGCCUGUGGUGAUCGAGGCAACACCUAGCUCGCAGGUGGAAUGGCCUUCAACGUCCUCCACCUCCUCUGUGUUUGGCACCGUUUCAGCAACACCAGGAACCUCUGCGAUGACCAAGAGGCCUCGUGAAGAGGAGGAGAGCAACACGGUGGUCACCGACACCGAGGCCACGCAGGAGGACACCUCCAGGGCUCCGAUACCAAAGAAGUUACGCAUCAUCCAGAGAGUGGGUCCAGAGGAGGAGGUGCUGGCUGAGGACAGCGCUGAGGCUGAAGGAGUGGUGCCAACAGACAGUCAGGACGGUGCAGAAGCAAGCCAGACGGAGGAGUUCCCAGCGUUGGAGGAAGUAGAUGAAGCUUCAACCUCUCAGUCUGUUGCGAUGGAGCAGGAGGUUACCCUGUCCCAGAGCGACUCCAUUCACCAGCUGGAUCAUGAAGUCAUCGUCAUAGUGACAGACACAGAGAGUGACGAGGACCAGGAGGAGGAGGACGAAGAGGAAGAAGAGCAGGACUACGAUGAGGAGGAAGAAGAGGACGACGAAGAGGAGGAGGAGGAGGACGAGGAAGAUGAGGAGGAGGACGAUGGAGGAAUGGGGGAGGAAGGAGAGGACAGCAACGAGGGGAGCGGAGACGGCAACGAGGCCUACGAAGGAGACGAUACAGAGGGCGCUGACGUAACCGACCCGGGCACCGAGACAGAGGAGAGUUUGGGGGCGUCUGACUCCACCCAGAGGCCGGCGGAUUCCCAGACACCCAGCUUUGACGGCAGCGCUAUGGAGGCCUUCUCCACCGAACAACCAAUCACAAGCUCCGGCACACGCAUGCCCCAGUCACCACGGAGACCGAUGCAUCAGCUGCCGCCCCGCCUGAACAUCCACGCCGCCCCAACCUCAGAACUGGGGGCUCCUGCCCAGGUUCAGCGUAUCCCUGUUCGUCGGCAGUCGGUGGGCAGACUAACUCCAGGGAUGCCGGGCAGCGCCCAGCACUUCUUUGACGAGGAUGACAGGAUGGUUCCCAGCACCCCCACACUGGUGGUGCCUCACCGCUCUGAUGGUUUCGACCAGGCCAUCCAUUCUCCCCAAGUGGCCGGAGUGCCUCGCUUCAGGUUCGUUCCUUCAGAGGACGUGCCACAGACCAGCUCCUCCUCGCACUCGGACCUGGGACAGCUCGCCUCGCAAGGAGGUCUUGGGAUGUAUGAAAGUCCUUUGUUCAUAGCAACUCAUGAGGAGGAGUCUGGUGGGCGCAGCGUUCCCACGACGCCCCUACAAGUGGCAGCACCAGUAACCGUCUUCUCAGAGGUGGCUCAGUCCGACACCACAGAGCACGCCUCCCAGUCGGUUCCCAUGGUGAGCACGUCCACGCCGGGCCUGGUGGUGCCAGGAGCCGCCGGUACAGGGGAGGAGAGAGACGACGUCUUCCUGGAGCCAGACACUGAUAGGCCCAGUGCUGAGGCGUCGCUGGAUCCUGUGGUGUCUCAGGCAGACAUGGAGGAGCCGAGCCAGCCGUCAGACAAGGCCAGCCUCCCCUCCACCAGCCAGGAGCCUUCCUCCAGCUCUGCAGAUACAAGCAGCGCUCCACCCAAACCGUCUCGACCCGGACCCAGCAGACAGCUGCAGCGCUGGCCGGACCACCGGCCGGGCCGCAUGAAGAGAGGAGGUCAGGCCUUUCCUUCUCGAGGUCCACGACGGUUCGCAAGAUGAAGAAGCACCAAUCAGAAGACGUGACAGCUCAUCAUUCCCGCCAGACACAUUUCACAUCAGCUCGUUUAGACUCUUCAAUCUUGAUAAUGUUCACUUGUUCUGAAGCUCGUUGUUUUCUUUUCUGUUGCUGUGGUUUGUUUUCUAACGUCCUUGGAACGUACCUUUUUGUAAUUACAGUCCAAGCUGAAGCAGCGUGUUUUAUGAAGAAUAUAAUAAAAUUAAGAACUGUAACGA